GGAGCAAGUUGGGCAAGGUUUUGUUUUAACUGGACAUUAGAUUGUUAUAGAGAUGACUGGAGCCUUGCAUGCUGGAUUAAUACUGUUUUCUGUUGUGGUUGUGUGUGAUAGCGAGCCCACACAUGUUGGGAUUGACAGAGUGGCCAAUUCACAUGGACAGUCCAGAUUGGUUCACUUAUUCUCUCAGUGGGCUUUCAUGCUGGUCAAUGAAUCGCUAGACCUUUCCAGGGCUGAGAGCUUCUGUAGAAGUCAGUUCAGCUCACUAGUCUCCUUGGACCAAUUGGAAGUCCGUGAAGGGGCUUUGGAGGUACUACGUCUUGCCGGACACCAGUCACAUGUUUGGAUCAACAAUCCGUCCAAACCGGCAUCCAAGCCCUUGCCCCUGUCGAAGCAGUAUUUGCGGUUCUCAGCUCUCAACUUCCCCAAAACAUCCAGAGAAGGAUUUGCUCGCAUCAACAGGCCCUUCCCUGCUCUGUCAUCAAUCACUGUGUGUGUUCGUAUUCAAUGGGACCCAGAAUGGAAUGAAGUCUCCACUAUUUUCUCUUAUGCUGCUCGUGUCUUUACCAAUGAAUUCCUACUACGAGGUCAAGGUGACAUGCAGGGACGGAUCCUGCUGGCACUCAUUGUCCAUGGGAAACACCUUCCAUAUAAAGCAUAUUUCCCUAAUGAUGGUGGAUGGCAUCAUAUCUGUGUCACAUGGAGCAGCAGUCACUGGGCCAUCUAUGUGGAUGGGGAAAGGAAAGACAUGGGAUCAGGUUCAGACACUUCUAGAGAUAUCCAUGCUGAUGGGAUACUGAUUCUGGGUCAAGACCAGGACUCAUUUGGAGGGAAUUUCACAGAACCCUUUUUUGGAAACAUCACUGAUUUAAAUGUUUGGAAUAUUUCCAUGGAAACUCGACACAUCCAUGCUUUGAAUGGGUGUUCGACCGUAAAUCAGGUCAUGCUUUUCAGCUGGAACCUUGACCAUCUGAUCAAUCACCCAGGCAUUAAGGAGGUUGAGGCCCUUCUUUUUUGCCCAGCAAAGCACCAGCAGAUGGUGAUGCAAGGCUGCAGAACCCUGCAGAUCCAGUCAGAUCAGCACCCAAUCACGAGUCUGUUGGACUGCUCUGAGCCACUGCCAUUUAUGUGCAUGAGUAGCAAAGAACGUUACCUGAAAAUGAAACAAAUGAGUGAGUCCCAAAGCUCUCAACCCACUGCUUUUAUGAAUUAUCUGAUGAAUCUUUCCAAUAACAGCCAGGGAUUACUGGGGCAGCAGUCAUCAGGGCUGAGCAGCCUGGCCGAAGCUUCUGCCCUGUUGGACAUGUCUGUCCAGGCACUGCAGGACACAAGGCAGGAGGGACUACAGCCAACAGACAUGGUUUCGCUCAUCCAGUUGCUGUCUCUGGCUGCUGAUGUUCCCCCACAGCUUUCCGAUGACACCAGCCACUGCAAGGAGAGCGUCGAGGAGCUAAGCAAACACUUCAUCGGUUUGGCCGACAGCGUCAUCAGUCAGGAAAAUGCCUUCAAGUGGCAGGCCAUCAAAGAGGUGGUGAAUGGUCCAAUGGAUGUCGUGAAAAAUAUUGACCGGAUGGUGACUAACUUGAGCCCCACCUUGAUGGUAAAGAGAGAUCACCUGACAUUUCACAGCCCCAACAUCAAAGUAGCAGUGCAGCAGCAAAUACUUCAAGAAUCAUCAAAAGGAACAAGUUUCUGUGGGCCCGAAAGUGAGAAACACUCCAGCUCAGACUGUAUUUCAGUCCCACAUCAAAAGAUCCAGGAUCUCCUUAACAACGGAUUUUAUAAACUCACCCUGGUCAACACGUGGUAUGGUUCUCUGCGGCCUCUUUUCAAUCCUGAAGGAAACAUCAGCAUGGUCCCUACCGUCACAGAUGGUAGCCGAAGGUAUCUGGGUACUAUCCUGGGCUCCUCUGUCAUAUCCACCACAGUGCUAGGAGACAACCAGCUCAUCAGUACAGCGGUCCACUUUCAACUCCGUCACAAAGUGCAGAAUCCUGCUGGGGCUGUAUUUGAUCCAGUGUGUGCCUUCUGGGAUUUUAAUCUCAUUCCAGAGGCUGGUGGGUGGUGGAAUACCAAAGGGUGCGAGGUUGUUUCCAAACAAUAUGGCUAUACUGUGUGCUACUGCAAUCACACCACCAAUUUUGCAUUGCUACUACAGGUCUACGAAGCCCAGCCAAGCCAAGAAAACAAAAAAGCUUUGCAGGUGCUGACGUUCAUUGGCUGUGGAGUGUCUCUGUGUGGCCUCCUCUUCACCUUCAUCCUCUUCAUUGCUGUGGGGGUACCUAAAUCAGACCGCACAACUGUCCAUAAGAACCUGAUUGUUGCUCUUAGCAUUGCUGAGCUGCUGUUAAUGUGCAGUGAUUGGGCAUCUGCCAAUGAGGGUGCAUGUUUUGUGGUGACUGCAUUGCUUCAUCUCUUCUUCAUGGCCUCUUUUUCGUGGAUGCUGGUUGAAGGUUUGCUAUUGUGGAGUAAAGUUGUGUCUGUCAACAUCAGUGAGGACCGAAGAAUGAAAUUGUAUUACAUUGUUGGCUGGGGACUACCUGUUCUAAUAGUUGUUGUGACACUGACAGCUACAGUGAAUGAGUACAAGGCCGAUGGUCACUGCUGGCUCAAUCUAAAGACUGGCACAAUCUGGUCUUUUGUGGGACCUGUGAUAUUUGUUUUGGCGGUCAAUUCAGUUGUGCUGUGUCGGGUUGUCAUGGUGACUGUUUCCAGCGCCCGUCGUCGUGCAAAAAUGCUCAGUCCAAGCUCAGCAUCAAAAAUGCAGACCUUUGACCUCACCUGGGCUGUGACUCGACCAGUUCUCAUUCUCCUGCCUGUUCUAGGUCUCACCUGGCUCUGUGGAGUACUCGUCCACCUGUCUGUUAUAAUUGCCUAUAUCUUCAGUGCUCUCAAUGCCUUCCAAGGCCUGUAUAUUUUUUUAGUUUAUGCUGUUUACAACAGUGAGGUGAGAAACGCCAUAAAGAGGAUCAAGGAAAAGAGAAAAGCCUUAUCUUUCACAAAUUGCUCCCACCCGACCACCUUCAUACCUUCUCAGAGAGCUCCCAUCAGCUCUUGGGACCGCAGUCCGCCAACCCCAUCCAGCCCUGAGACCAGUGAGACCUCUGGACCACCCAGUUCUACCUCCACUUCACUAGUUAUCCAAAAUGAAAGUUUCAGAAAAGAAAGUUUUGUGAGCUUCUCAUUGAAACCAGCACCAGACCAAGUGGUGCAACUCACAGCAUUCAAACCAUCAGGCUGUUGAACUGAAAAUGGAGUCCCAUCCUGAUACUCAAUGCAUCGUAACCUUGGAUCACACCAAAAGAGGGUAGAAGUGGACAAACAGUUUGAAGUGCACGGCAACUACACACACAAAUACACACAUCUUGCUCGUGCAGCUGAAAUUAUAAAUAAAGGAUAAAGAGCUGCACCUUUGCUAAUACACUGCAGAUGUUUGGUUCUCGGAUCAGAUCAAUGCAUAAACCCGCAGUUUCAAAUAGCUCUGUCCUGGAAUACAUAUAUUCAAAACAUAAAAUGCUCAUUUUCAUUUUAGAAUAUGUUGUAAUUGUAAUUAACUUUUAUCAGAAGAUUUAUGUGUCUAUUUAAAGGAGCCAGCAAAAAGUACCAGUUACAUGUUCAGGAUUUCAAAAUGUGAUGAGGAAUUAAUGAUUUUGAAAUGUUUAUCAUUAAAAAGUGUGGUUGUCAUUAAUGAAUUUAAAUCACUAUUUGCUUGGAGACAGAAGUCUGUUCAAAUGCUUGUGAAAAUGGAAGGCUCAAUGGAUGAAUGAUACUGUAGAAUCUCCAGUUUCAAGUCUCAUAAAUAGCAGGAACUAUGGACAGUCUGUUGCAUUUGUUGAUUUUAUCCAAACAGAGAGUAAAAGUUAAAAAGAAAAGGUGGAAAAUGUGACAUUUUGUGAUAUAGAAAUUUUACAUUCAGCUACAGUUCACAAGUAAUUACUGAACCUUUAAACCCAAAAGAUGAAAUAUUUGUACAGAUUUUUUUAGAAGUUGAACAUUUAAAUAUUUUUAAUUGGGUUUAAAUUGCAUAUAUGACCUGUAGUCCAUAAAUAAAUAAAACCCCCUUUAUAUAGGAAUUAGUUCCCGUCUUCAUUCUGGCGGCAUUGUAAAGCAACUAGUUAAAGCGUUGGUCUCACAGUUCUGAGGACCCAGGUUCAAUCCCGGCCCUGCCUGUGUGGAGUUUGCCUGUUCUCCCCAUGCCUGCAUGGAUUUUCUCCAGGCACUCUGGUUUCCUCCCACAUCCCAAAAACAUGCAACAUUAAUUUGAGAUUCUAAAUUGCCCCUAGGUGUGAUUGGGAGUACAACUGUUGUCUGUCUCCAUGUGCCCUGUGAUUGGCUGUUAACCAAUUCAGGGUUUACCCUGCCUCCUGCCCGAUGACAGCUGGGUCAGCUCCAGCACUCCUGUGACCCUUGUGAGGAUAAGUAGUUCAGAAAAUGGAUGGAUGGAUGGAUAAUGCACCAUACAUUUAUAAUGGGAGACAGGUCUGGACUACAGGUAGGCUAGUUUAUUCAUUCCUCAUGAAGUUCAGCUAAACUUCUAAAAUGUCCUUUUUUGCAAUAAUUUACAUCAAAUGGAUGAAGUUAGAAAUAAUUUCCUCUCCAUUAAGUACACUAUGUUGUAUUUUAAAAACUUCCAUGAAUAAGUAGAAUACUAUAAAUGCACCAACAUUCGAUAUUGAUACUGCUGCUCUCUGUUAAUAAUAUAGUUGUAUAAUAUUGUAACUGUAGUUACGUGCAUAAUGAUACGUGCGAUUCUUCUACAUAUCACAGCAAUACUGCAUAUCUAAACAAUUCUUAUUUUUAUUAUGUCGUGUUUUCAACAAAUGAAUGUACAUGCAGAGCCUUUUGUGGAAGAGAGCCACAAUACCACAGCCAAUAGUUAUUACUUUCUUUUAAUAAACCAAAUGUUACUAACCUUGGAUUAUGAUCCUUG